AUGAGGACAGACUAUGUAAACAUCAAAACUUCUAUUUUACACUCGCUUCGUUGUCGCUCUUUUGCAGUCUUCGUACACACUCGCUCUCUCCUGCACCACCCGUCCCCAAAGCCGCGCUCCUACUCAGCCUUUCCGGAUACAAACAGCAAUUGCUGGCUCCAGACUCCGUUUCUACACGAAAAACCACGUGGACCUGCCUUUGGUAAAGCAAAGCCCGCUUUGACACGCCCAGGCCGAACGUCACCCGGAAAUUGGUCCGCAAAUGCUUUCAGGGGCCCAUUGAGCUGUUUACCUUGUCGCCACCGCUUUCGCUCAUUACCACUCGCUCCUUUUACUCAAACCACCGGCCCUCCGCCUCAUAAUCUUGGGCAUUCCUUCAAUUGCUUCUCCACUAUAUCAUCGGUCUUGACCGGCUCACAAACUCCGACUGCAAUCAGCAAUAAUCUUCAAAGAUCACACACUAUGGCUAAGCCACUCGAAGGUACUAUGCCCGGCUUCUUACUUUCAUCCAUUUCUGACUAA